AUCAUAUUGGUUUUGCGACAGGAGAUGGAUUUCCAAAGGCUGCUAUUGCAAGUGGAACAAGCCCUGAGCAGUGAAGAAGUGCAAGCGCUUGCGUUUCUUUGCAAAGACCUGCUUGAGAAAGACUUUAGCUCAGUGCCCACAGCAGGUAAACUCUUCUCUCUUCUGACGGACCAAGAACUGUUAACCCCCAAUCAACCUUACCUGCUUGCUGAUCUACUACGCACCAUCCAGCGCCACAGCUUGAUGCGAGAGCUCGGCCUCGACAACCAGCUUCCAACAACCAGUAGCUUAAUCUCUCCUUAUAGGUGAAUAUAUAGGCCACAUUUACCACAUCUGAAUCCAUACAACAGCUUUCCCCACAAAUGAAUACAGAUAAGUAGACCUUGCCAUUUAUAACAUGAAUGUAAACACUCAUGUUGUUGUGUUACUGUUUCCCACAUAUACUGUACUGUAAUAUGAUGUUCUCUGAAAAGUGAAUGAGUCAUUGUUUUUCCGCCAUCUGCAGAAAGCUGUUGUAUGACUUGUCAGAGAACAUCACUGAAGACGAGUUGAGAGAGAUUAAGUUCUUAUUGAUUAAUGUACUCCCUCGUAGGAAACUGGAGGACAACGUGGUGAGUACGUCAACACGGUCUCAAAUUCAACGUGUUGUCCAGAAUAGGGUAGUAACUUAUAUUAUUUAGUGAAAUAUGAGUAGAAAGAAUGCUUAUCUUGAUGGACCAACUGACAUUACACAUUCUGCUCUAUUCUUUCAGAGUACCUUGCAAGUAUUCCUGGAAAUGGAGAAAGUGGAUAUUUUGAGCGUCAUAAAACUAAACACUGUUGAAAGUAUGUUUGGAAGUGUCUGCCCCAUGUUGAAAACAAGAAUCAACCAUUUUAAGACACUGAUGGGUAAGUGUUUCACUUUCAGUUUCUGUGGGUGACUAACAAAUUAUUUUCCCUGGUAAAGUACUGAUCGGCUGAACAAUCCCAUCCCUUGCCUGUGUAUUGCCUGUCAAUUAUUUAGCACAGUAAUAUGACUGAGAUGUGUUACGCAAUACUUUAUUAAAUCAGGGCCAGUAACCCAAGAAACAGGGAUGGGAUGUUUAAGAUCAAGGUCUGCGUCUGCAACUCUUCCAGAAAACCAAGUAACAGAUAAAUGCUUUAUUUCUUACAUUAUCUUGAUAUCCACCAGUCCUUAUGGACACUUCUCAGUUUCCAUCUUGAUUAGCUUGCUACUGUAUUAUCACAGAAUGUCAUGACUAUUAUUUUCCAUCAGGCUGCCUCCAUGCUUCCAAAGAGACCUGUGUCAUGUGGACUAUCAGGUCGGAACUAUGACUAAAGUAGAUGUCAAAUCUUCUUCAGUAUGUUAUAAAACAUGCUUACAUUUCUUUUCCUGUUUGUCUUAGUCGAACAACGUGGACAUUCUGACAAGAUGUUCUUUCCUCCUUCGUACUUCUCUUCAGGUUCACAGCCUUCAUCUGAGGUCAGUGUCUAAUGUUCAGGUUCACAGCCUUCAUCUGAGGUCAGUGUCUAAUGUUCAGGUUCACAGCCUUCAACUGAGGUCAGUGUCUAAUGUUCAGGUUCACAGCCUUCAUCUGAGGUCAGUGUCUUAAUGUUCAGUCCAGGUUUUGGAGCAUAAAAACCUUUUCAAAUAAUAAUAAAGACCUACUGGAACACACCACGUGUCUUUACGUCAGAGGCCAUCCCUCAUGUCUGUCACUAAUUGUUCCCUCUACUUCCUUCCACAGGUGUCCUCUCUGAAUCCAGCUGACACCUGUCUAGGUAAGUCCCACACCGAACAGGGUGUGGCCAGCACAUGUUCUCUGUAUUGGAGUACAGUACAGAACUCACAUAACCUUUGUUGUCAUCUUGGUCUGCCCACACACCAGAAGUUCGGAGGGUCUCAGAUACAGCGGAUGCAGGACGUUCACAUAGGCUGGGUCUCCUAAGUACCAGUGGGGACAACUGUGCUGCUCUCAGCCAAGGUCAGUUCAUAUCAUUUAUAAUGCCAAUAUAUACAGAAAAAAUAUAUAAACGCAACAUGUAAAGUGUUGGUUUCAUGAGCUGAAAUAAAAGAUCCCAGAAAUUUUCCAUACGCACAAAAAACUUAUUUCACUCAGUUUGUGCAGAAAUUUGUUUACAUCCCUGUUAGUGAGCAUUUCUGCUUUGCCAAGAUAAUCCAUCCACCUGGCAGGUGUGGCAUAUCAAGAAGCUGAUUAAACGGCAUGAUCAUUACACAGGUGCACCUUGUGCUGGGGACAAUAAAAGGCCACUCUAAAAUGUGCAGUUUUGUCACACAACACAAUGCCACAGAUGUCUCAAGUUUUGAGGUAGCGUGCAUUUGGCAUGCUGAAUGCAGGAAUGUCCACCAGAGCUGUUGCCAGAGAAUUGAAUGUUAAUUUCUCUACCAUAAGCCGCCUCCAACGCCAUCUUAGAGAAUUUGGCAGUACGUCCAACCAGCCUCAAAACCACAGACCACGUGUAACCACGCCAGCCCAGGACCUCCAUAUCCGGCUUCUUCACCUGCGGGAUCAUCUGAGACCAGCCACCCAGACACUGACGAAACUGAGGAGUAUUUCUGUCUGUAAUAAAGCCCUUUUGUGGGGAAAAAUGUAUUCUGAUUGGGUGGGCCUGGCUCCCGUGGGUGGGCCUAUGCCUUCCCAGGCCCACCUAUGGCUGCGCCCCUGUCUAAUCAUGUGAAAUCCAUAGCUUAGGGCCUAAUUAAUAUAUUUCAAUUGACUUAUGAACUGUAACUCAGUAAAAUCGUUUAAAUUGUUGCAUGUUGCGUUUUAUAUUUUUGUUCCGUAUACAAAAGGGGCCUGUAGACGCUCCCCUCUCCUGCUCUCUCUGUUGGCUCAUUGGCAUCACUGUUAAAUGUUAACCAUAUCAUGGAUUCAUUCUUACCUGAUCCAUGUCUUCUCUCCCGUAGAGAAUCACCACGUUUCAUCCAUAUCCUCACGUGGACAUAAUAAGAACUUUAGCCCGGUGGAUCCUCAGACAGGAAACACCAAAAAAUAGGUUUCUCUGAUCUUUUUAAAUGAGCGUUGACAAAGUCAUGUCAGUCCAUGCUUUUUACUGAAAACUGACUGGGUAAUGUGUAGAUUAUUUUAGGGGCAGUAGCAUUUUUUGGGAUUAUGGAUGAUGCUGUCCUUAACUGGAUUUAUUAAUUAUUUAUGCAUGUUUUUUUUCUGUAGGAAGUGGGAGAAUAUGCUAUGACAGGAAAAAAUUGAGGUUUCUGUCUGAUAAUUAACAACUACAACUUCAGAAAUUCUCAAAAACUCCUAAACAAUAGAGAGGGAACACAGGUUGAUGAAAGUAAGAUCAUUGUUACAUGUUAUUCUUGAAAUGGUCAAAUACUUUUAAGUCGUUUGCUUUUGGUGAACCAGGCCUAAAUCACAAUUAUACAAGUAUCUUUAUGUGUUUGUGUCUCAGGGAGUUUGGUGAGUGUGUUUGAGUGGCUGGGCUUUGAGACGCAGGUUGAGCCAGACUGCAGCCGGGAGCAGUUACUCUCUCUAGUUGCGGAGCUACGAAGCCGCGACCACAGCCAGAUGGACUGCCUGGUGUGCUGCGUUCUGAGCCACGGGCUGGAGGGAGGUGUUUACGGGGUGGACGGGCUGGAGGUCAGAGUCAGGGAGCUCACAGAGCCCUUCGCUGGACUGGAGUGCAGCUCACUGAGGGGAAAGCCCAAGCUGUUCUUUAUCCAGGCCUGUCAGGGCACCAAGGAACAACAGCCAGUGUUCAUCCAGUCCGAUUGCCCAGGCACUGAUGGCUCUACCACCACCAGCUCUAUCUGCACUGAUGCAGUGGUACCCAGAGAUUCCAUUCCCUCUGAUGCCGACUUCCUUCUGGGCAUGGCCACCGUCCCUCACUUUUCCUCUUUCAGAGAAAAGAGUAAGGGCACUUGGUUCAUCCAGUCGUUGUGCAGGAACCUCAUCAACUUGGUUCCCAGGUUAGUGCGAGAACCUCAUCAACUUGGUUCCCAGGUUAGAAGCCCGAACCUCAUCAACUUGGUUCCCAGGUUAGAAGCCAAAACCUCAUCAACUUGGUUCCCAGGUUAGAAGCCAGAACCUCAUCAACUUGGUUCCCAGGUUAGAAGCCAGAACCUCAUCAACUUGAUUCCCAGGUUAGAAGCCAGAACCUCAUCAACUUGGUUCCCAGGUUAGUGCCAGAACCUCAUCAACUUGGUUCCCAGGUUAGUGCCAGAACCUCAUCAACUUGGUUCCCAGGUUAGUGCAAGAACCUCAUCAACUUGGUUCCCAGGUUAGUGCCAGAACCUCAUCAACUUGGUUCCCAGGUUAGUGCCAGAACCUCAUCAACUUGGUUCCCAGGUUAGUGCAAGAACCUCAUCAACUUGGUUCCCAGGUUAGUGCCAGAACCUCAUCAACUUGGUUCCCAGGUUAGAAGCCAGAACCUCAUCAACUUGGUUCCCAGGUUAGUGCCAGAACCUCAUAAUAUAAUAUAUAAUAAUAUGCCAUUUAGCAGACGCUUUUAUCCAAAGCGACUUACAGUCAUGCGUGCAUACAUUUUUUUUUUUUGUGUAUGGGUGGUCCCGGGGAUCGAACCCACUACCUUGGCGUUACAAGCGCCGUGCUCUACCAGCUGAGCUACAGAGGACCACAACUUGGUUCCCAGGUUAGUGCCAGAACCUCAUCAACUUGGUUCCCAGGUUAGUGCCAGAACCUCAUCAACUUGGUUCCCGGUUUCAACUUGGUUCCCAGGUUAGUGCCAGAAUGUCAUCAACUUGGUUCCCAGGUUAGUGCCAGAACCUCAUCAACUUGGUUCCCAGGUUAGUGCAAGAACGUCAUCAACUUGGUUCCCAGGUUAGUGCCAGAACCUCAUCAACUUGGUUCCCAGGUUAGUGCCAGAACCUCAUCAACUUGGUUCCCAGGUUAGUGCCAGAACCUCAUCAACUUGGUUCCCAGGUUAGUGCCAGAACCUCAUCAACUUGGUUCCCAGGUUAGUGCCAGAACCUCAUCAACUUGGUUCCCAGGUUAGUGCAAGAACCUCAUCAACUUGGUUCCCAGGUUAGUGCCAGAACCUCAUCAACUUGGUUCCCAGGUUAGUGCCAGAACCUCAUCAACUUGGUUCCCAGGUUAGUGUUCAGAUGUGCUUGGUUUCUUUACAUUGUGUCAGAUUCUGACAUCCUCUUUGAAAGCGUCAGUAAACAGUGGACUAUGACAUAGAUGUCAGCGUAAUGGUUGGUAAAUCAUUAUCAGAUUGAAUUUCCUUUCAUUGUUCUUUCUCUCUGUCCAGUGGGUAUGACUUCCUGUCCAUCCUGACCAAGGUGAACGAUGAUGUCAGCAGAAUGAGUAACAACCUUGGAACUAGGAAGCAGAUGCCCCAGCCUGCAUACUCACUCAGGAAGAGGCUAGUCUUUCCCAUCCCCCAAGACCCACCUCCCAGGCUAUGUGAGCCACAAAUAUUGUCCUGAGACCCCUAGAGCAGAGGGGUUUAAAUCUGGUCCUUAUACUUUCCCACUAACUCAGGGACUGAUUCAGACACUAGAUGAGUGGACUGUCACCAACAAUAUAUACACUGCACCCUCUGGGAUCCCUCGGGUAGAAGCUGCAGGUCUACAGUUUUUUUUUUUACACCUCGCUCUGUUUUUUAUAUAUAUAUAAAAAUGAAAUUCAGUAGAAAUAUAUCAAAAGAACUGUAAGUAGAAAAUUGUAGGAAAUGUUUUUAAAGCUGCAAUAUGAAACUCCUGACCAAAUCCACAUAGAAAUAUGAGUUACAGAGCUGUCAUUUUCAUUGAAAGCAGGUCUAAGAAGCGGUAGAUCUGUUCUAUGUGCUCCAUUUCUAUACUUGUUUUUGCAUCUUUAACUUUCGAUUUUGUACACCAGCUUCAAACAGCUCAGUUGAAAAUACAAUAUUUUUGGUUAUGGAAAAUAUAUUUCACAGCGCUUUAGAUGGUACAAUGAUUCUCUACACUAUACUUGCUUGUUUUGUCACAAACUGAAAUUAGAAUUUUAGCAACCAGGAAGUGGUGGAGCGAUUUCUGCGGAGUUCAUCUUUUAAAGGGUAUUUUUAAAUGUAAAGGAGAAGCAAAAACAAGAGAAGAACUGAAGUAAGUUAUAAGCACUUAUUAUGCUACUUUUAUAACCUGUUAUUUUUUUUGUUAUAUAUUGUCAAUUUCUUAUCCCCUUGUAUAUUGACUUCCUAAAUCAAUAAAUGCAAUUUUCAAUCAAUGUUGAUAAGUUUGUUGUGGUUGCUGUUUCAAAACAAUCCAAAGUAGUCCUUGGCACAACAUGGCAUGUCAUACAACACAUUUAAGACAUUCUAUUACAGAUCAAGAAUAAAACAAAGUGACGUUCAAACAUGUAUUGGUGUGGUCAUGAGUUGCACUAUGGCUCUCUUGCUUCUUGCGUGACGUGCGUCUUGGCCCAAGCCGCUGUGCGUUUUUUUUCUCAAAGUCUGACAUAUGACAUGUCUGUCACAAGAAGAAGAUGGCCGUCACUAGCAGGUUUGAACAGAGACUCCAGUGACACUUUUCUCUGCAUGAAGGGGAUAUAUAGAGUAUCCUUACAACUAUGUCCAGUUCCUGUCGUGUCUGGUGAAGAGCUGUUCUCAACAAACUGAUGGUUACAUCCUUCUUUAUCACAUCACCAGCUAGUACCUAGAAAGCCACACCCUCUGUGACUUCAGAGGUAAACUAUCCUAUUGUCCAAACCACCUAUAAGUCAAAUUCAGGUUAACAAUUGGUAGCAAGAACACUCCUCUGACCUGUAUCUCAUCUAACCUGGCGUGGAGGUGUAUCUCAUCUAACCUGGCGUGGAGGUGUAUCUCAUCUAACCUGGCGUGGAUGUGUAUCUCAUCAAACCUGGCGUGGAGGUGUAUCUCAUCUAACCUGGCGUGGAGGUGUAUCUCAUCUAACCUGGCGUGGAGGUGUAUCUCAUCUAACCUGGCGUGGAGGUGUAUCUUAUCUAACCUGGCGUGGAGGUGUAUCUCAUCUAACCUGGCGUGGAGGUGUAUCUCAUCAAACCUGGCGUGGAGGUGUAUCUCAUCUAACCUGGCGUGGAGGUGUAUCUCAUCAAACCUGGCGUGGAGGUGUAUCUCAUCUAACCUGGCGUGGAGGUGUAUCUCAUCUAACCUGGCGUGGAGGUGUAUCUCUUCUAACCUGGCGUGGAGGUGUAUCUCAACUAACCUGGUUGGAGGUGUAUCUCAUCUAACCUGGCGUGGAGGUGUAUCUCAUCUAACCUGGCGUGGAGGUGUAUCUCAUCUAACCUGGCGUGGAGGUGUAUCUCAUCUAACCUGGCGUGGAGGUGUAUCUCAUCUAACCUGGCGUGGAGGUGUAUCUCAUCUAACCUGGCGUGGAGGUGUAUCUCAUCUAACCUGGCGUGGAGGUGUAUCUCAUCUAACCUGGCGUGGAGGUGUAUCUCAUCUAACCUGGCGUGGAGGUGUAUUACAUUUAAUACUGUGAAUAACCUCACAAUGAUUUAAUGGUUGAUUAGCAUCAGUUGGUCCAUGAGAUUCCUCUCCUGCUCCUAUUUAUAGCUGUUCUCCUUCCUUAGCCAGCUGCUACGCAUCGCCUCAAAGUUACUGUCCUAG